AUGUUCUCUGACGGAAAAUACGUACGAGCCCCUUCGAACGAUUCAGAAGGAUCAACUAAUGAGAGCCUCGAAAACUUGGGCGAAGGAAGCAUUUCACUCAGCUACUCCAGUAUGGAAGCUUCACCGUCUCCUGAAGCCAGUCCGAAAAAGGGAGGAGAAACGAUGUCCAACGAAACGUCCCGCAAUUUUGAUUUCCAUCAAAAAUUGGACCGCUUUGGAGAAGAGUUGAACAGGUUGGAGAGAGCUUUCAACUCGAUACAACAAUACCCUACUCGCACAGCUCCCAACGAUGUAGACCGCAGUUGGAACAUAGCGAACAACUCAACGAAAAGCACCAACAUCAUCCGUUGGGAGAGCAUUCAACCGUUCCCGAAUGAUGUGCCUGCCAGCAAGAUGUGGGAACAGUGGAUUCGUUUCAUUGACCGGUUCGAGAUUGCAGCCUCUCUGUACAAUGCCAACGAUACAAUUCAGCGAUCCCAACUGCUUUUCCUCGCUAUGGGGGAGAAGCUUCAGGGAAUAGUUAGAGCUGCCAGACUCCGCCCGAAUCUCCAAGAACCAAAUUGCUACAGUAUCUUCAUUAAAAACAUCGAAGAUUACCUGCGCUCAAUGAUCGACAUCACGGCAGAGCAUGAGUCCUUUUCUAACAUGAAGCAGGAACAAGAUGAGCCAACAAUGGCUUUCCACGCUCGCCUGAUGGAAAAAGUACGCCUUUGUGGGUACAGUUGCAGCGACCAGGACCGAUUCGUGAGAACCCAACUUUUAAAAGGAAUGCGUAGCAGAACACUGGCAAAAGAAUCGAGAAUACAUGAAUACAACGCUACCAAGAUUGUACAGUUAGCCACUCGCGAGGAAGCAUUGCCUUCCGAAGGGACCCACACCGAAACGCAACAAGCUUUCGCUGUGGAUAACAGGAAACAACGGAUGCCCGAAAGACGGGGCGCUAUGAAACGCAGCUAUAACGCUACCGCUGAACCGUUCAAUUCCACGAAACAACGACGAUACGGACAAGGACGACGGUCAAGAUGCCCGCAAUGUAACUUCCUUUUCCAUAAACAUGGUAAAUGCCCGGCGGCAAAUGAAAACUGCAAAGGAUGUGGAAUGCGGGGUCAUUAUGUAGCAACGUGCCAUCAAAAAAAGAAACAUGCUAACAAUGUCCAAACGAAGAUCCCAGGAUGGACAGAUUCGGAAGACGAAAAAAAGCAAUCUCCUUGUCCUGACAUUAACAGCUUGACUCUAUCGGACGUUCUUAUUGAUUGUCGUCUUGGAUCGUCGAGUCCAAUCCGUUUUUUAAUAGAUUCCGGCGCGGAUGUCAAUAUCAUCGGCGGAGAUGAUUGGAAGCGUUUGAAGAACGAUUACUUUGCAGGGAAGGCCCUUCUAAAGCCAAUCCGAUUGGGCACAAAUGCAGAUCUGCGAUCGUAUGCUUCUAGCAAACCCAUUUCUAUUCGAUGUAGCUUCAAUGCACAGGUAGAAGUUGUAGGCCAUUGUAAACCAUUGGUAGAAGCUAAUUUUCUUGUAGCCGACGCUGGCCGUCGUUCCUUGCUGGGACGAGCAACAGCAAGUGACCUGGAAUUGCUGAAAGUAGGAGCUUGUAUUAAUGCAUGUGAAACUUAUCAGCAGGCCAAGACAUUUCCAAAAGUACCGGGGGUCCGCAUCAAGUUUAGUGUAGAUAAAUCUGUGUCCCCCACAAAGAAUGCCUAUUUCAAUGUCCCGGCUGCCUUUCGUGAGAGCGCUAGAGCUAGAUUAGAAGAGAUGGAACACCAGGGCAUCAUAGAACGCGUCACGACCGCUCCCGACUGGAUAAGUGGGAUGUCAGCAGUCGCUAAAGGCCGAAACGACUUCCGCUUGGUCGUUAACAUGCGGGCUCCCAAUCGUGCAAUCAAGCGUGAGUACUAUCGCAUGCCGCUUUUGGACGAUAUGAAGAUCAAACUUCAUGGCUCCAAGUACUUUUCAAAGCUCGAUAUUUCAAAUGCUUUUUACCAUCUAGAGCUACACGAAAAUUCUAGGGAUUUAACAACAUUCCUAACGGAAACCGGAAUGUUCCGUUUCACGCGCCUCAUGUUUGGGGUCAAUUGCGCUCCUGAAAUUUUUCAGCGCGAAAUGUCCCGGAUCCUCGAGGAAGUUGAAAACAAAAUUGUAUUUAUUGACGACAUUCUUGCUUUCUCGGACAGCCUAGAAGAGCUGCACAAAACAGUCGCUCUUAUUCUUAGAAUCCUGCGAUCAAACAACCUCACUAUCAACGCUUCCAAAUGUGAGUACGUCAAGACUCGAAUAAAGUUCCUGGGCCAUGAACUGGACGAGCAUGGAUUUCAUAUCGACGAAGCCAAAGUGGCAGCCAUCCGCAAGUUCAGGAAACCAUCCACUGUUUCGGAGCUUCGAAGUUUUCUCGGUCUUGCUUCUUAUGUCAGCCCGUACAUUCGUAACUUCGCUGACACCGCGAGCCCUUUGUGGGCAAUCAUUAGCUCUCCUUCGUGGAUAUGGGGCGACGCCCAAACAAAAGCAUUCGAAUUGUUAAAGGACCAGAUUUCAAACUGUACAGUUUCACUCGGUUACUUUUCCGAAAAAGCGAAAACAAUCCUGUACACCGACGCUUCCCCGAGCGCCCUUGGAGCGGUCCUAGUACAGGAAGAUGCGAUACAACAACCCCCACGAGUCAUUUACUUCGCAUCCAAGGCACUCACCGAUACCGAGAAACGAUAUCCCCAAAAUCAGCGAGAAGCUCUGGGAGCAGUGUGGGCGGUUGAGCAUUUCGCAUAUUUUUUACUAGGACGACAAUUUACUCUCCGCACUGACGCACAGGGGUUCACAUUCAUGUUGAACAGAUCCCGCGAAGCUUCCAAACGGGCCCUUACACAAUACGUUCGAGGCCAGGAUAACAUCGCGGACCCGUCAUCUCGGUUAUACGAAGGUCAGGAUGAACCUUUUGAAGAAAACACUAGCCCUUGGGAGAUUGCCACCCUAGAAGCAAAUUCUAUAAAAUUCAUUACCGAAGACGAGAUAAGGAAAGCCACUGCGUCUGAUAAGCUCCUCGUCGAGGUGAUGGACGCACUCGAGACAGGAAUUUGGCCAAAGCACCUAAAAAAAUACGAAGUUUUAGGCAGUGAAUUAUCAGCUUUAGAUGGAAUACUGACAAAAACAGGUUGUGCCGUGAUCCCGGACUCACUGAGGAAAGCUACGCUAGAAGUAGCUCAUGAAGGCCAUCCCUCCUUAGCCAAAUUUAAAAGCAUCUUGAGACAACGAGUAUGGUGGCCAGGCAUGCCAAAAGACGCGGAGUCUUGGACAGACUCAUGUCGAAUUUGUGCGACCAACGGAAAGCCCGAAAAGACCACCCCGAUGCAGCGAACAUUUUCGCCAGACGCUGUAUGGGAAACGCUAGCUUUAGAUUUUAACGGCCCUUACCAAAAAUUCGGAGGGAUCUCUAUUCUCGUCAUUAUCGAUUACCGCUCAAGGUAUAUUUUUGCAAAACCCGUGAAGUCCACCAGCUUCCUAAAUACGCGUAAAGUUUUGGAUGAUGUUUUCGAGAAAGAGGGUUUCCCCAAAAACAUCAAAUCCGAUAAUGGGCCCCCGUUCAACAGCGAUGAUUAUCAACAAUAUUGCAAGGAGCGUGGGAUUAACGUUUUAUAUUCGACACCAUUAUACCCUCAGCAAAACGGUCUAGCCGAAAGUUGCAUGAAGCUGGUGAACAAAGCAAUGGCAGCAGCUCAUGCAAAUGGAAGCAAUUAUGUUGACGAAUUAAACGCUGCCGUGAAAGCCUACAAUGCAGCCUUUCAUUCCGUCACAAAAGUGCCACCGGAAGAGGUCAUGACGGGAAGGAAAAUAAAACGAAACCUCCCACUGCUUCGUCGCGGGAGAGCGAUAAUAGACGAUGAACUGUUGAACGCGAGAGACCGCGAAUCAAAGAUUAAAUCUAAAGAACGCGAAGAUUUAAAACGCGGGGCACGUACAUGUCGUGUUCAGCCCGGAGACAUGGUAAUAGUUGAACGGAAUAUAAGAAUGAAAGGCGACUCACGGUUUGAUCCUCGGAAAUUCACUGUUGUAAAAGAGAACAACGGUAAUCUCUUGUUGAACGACGAACAUGGGCAGCUUUUGAAACGGCACGUUUCUCAGACCAAAAAAGUCCACAAUUGGAGGGAAAGUCUUGAACCAGCCGGUAGCAUCAAACGCCAGCACAACACCAAAGCAGAGCAGCUUCAAACAUCAGGACCAAUCUCACCAACCGAUAUCGUUCGCCGAUCAACACGAGUGAAACAUUCUCCGGUUUUCCUUAAGGGCUAUGUUCAAUCGCUUCAGUCCAGUAGCCAAAUCGAAUAA